AAUACGGGUCCCAGUGGCCCAUGCAAGGCAUCCUCAGCGACUCCGUGGACAGCUCCGAUGACGAGUUCUUCGAUGCACGAGAGGAGGUGGUGGAAAGCAAGAACGCCAUUCUCCUGGGGAUGAGCCAGUGGAACUCCAAUGACCUGGUGGAGCAGAUUGAGACCAUUGGGAAGCUGGAAGACAGCCAAGGUGAAGAGCCCAUGUUCUGCUCGUCUGGCGUUCUGCAGGAAAAGCAACGAGAAUUAUACAGGGCUUCUCUGAGGAAGCACCGGUACCCUGCGCAAGGCAGCAUGGAGGUCCACGAGGACAACGAGGAAGGGAGUCAGCAGCAGAACUGCAAAACACACGUCCUGAUCCUUGUUCUUCACGGGGGCAACAUCUUGGACACAGGAGGAGGCGAGCCCAGCGGCAAGGUGGCCGACAUCAACACCUUUGCCUCAGUUUUUGAGAAGGUGACACGGGCCCACUUCCCCGCUGCACUGGGGCACAUCCUGAUGCGACUGGUCCCCUGCCCCACUGUCUGCUCUGAGGCCUUUUCCCUCAUGGCAAAUUUGAACCCUUAUAGUUAUGAUGAGACAUCGCUUAGCAGCAGCGAAGAUCACAUUCCUCUGGCUGCCUUGCCCUUGCUGGCCAUUUCCUCUCCACAGUACCAGGAUGCAGUUGCCAUGGUGAUCAGCAGAGCCAACCAGGUUUAUGAUGAGUUUCUCAAGUCUCCUGAUGGGACUGGCUUUAACGGGCAGGUGUGCUUGAUUGGGGACUGCGUGGGAGGAAUUUUGGGCUUCGAUGCCAUCUGCUACAGCACAGGACUGGCGGAUGAAAGCCGAGCCAGCAGCAGGAGAGGCAGCAGCAGCAGCGUACAGGACAAUCCCCUCCCAUCUGAAGACUCUAACUUGGGAGACCUCAAGCGCCUCAGCAAAAGCAAUAUUGACAUCACAGCUGUGAUGGAGGGCGAGGAGUCUAGACAACCAUUACCACGGAAACAGAGUGACUGCUCCAGCUAUGACUGCGAUACCUUCACGAAGCAUCGUGCCUUCCUUUCCAGCAUCCACUCAUCCGUGCUGAGUGAGGAUGCAGAUUUCCCACCCGAGAGCAAUGCUGCUCUGCCGGACGCCAGCCGGGGGCGCUUUGAAUUCGAGGUGUCCGACUUCUUCCUCUUUGGCUCGCCCCUCGGCCUGGUGCUGGCUAUGAGGAGGACGGUGCUGCCCUGCCUGGAAGUGUCCCAGGUACAUCCGGCCUGCAGCCAGGUUUACAGCCUCUUCCACUCCGCUGACCCGUCUGCCUCCAGGCUGGAGCCACUCUUAGAGAAUAAGUUCCACCUUCUGCCUCCCUUUGCCGUGCCAAGGUACCAGAGAUACCCGCUGGGAGAUGGGAGAUCCCACCUCUUAGCUGACACCCUCCAGUGUCACAGCUCCCUGUUUGCUGAGGACGGCGCUGCAGACCCAUCUGCCUUUGCGGAAGCACCAGAGUUGCAGAAUGCAAAGGGACGAAGAGGGAGCUCGGGCAGCACCAACAGUGAGAACUCCGGGUCCACGGAGAGUUUGCUGCCGGCCAGCGUGGCCAACAUCACUUCCAAAUGGUGGGGAAGCAAACGGAUAGAUUAUGCCUUGUACUGCCCAGACGGCCUCACCACUUUUCCGACAGUGGCCCUGCCGCAUCUUUUCCACGCAAGCUACUGGGAAUCAACAGACGUGGUUGCUUUCAUCCUUAGACAGGUGAUGAGGUUCGAGAUGGUGAGUGUCAAGGAGAACAACAGCUUGGACCCAGCAACAUGCAGCUCCUCCAAUCCACGGGAGAAAUGGCUGCGCAAGAGGACCCAAGUCAAGCUGAGGAACGUCACUUCCAAUCACCGGUCGAAUGAUGUCAUUGCGGCGGAAGAUGGGCCCCAGGUGCUGGUGGGGCGCUUCAUGUAUGGCCCCCUUGACAUGGUGGCUCUCACUGGGGAAAAGGUGGACAUCUUCAUCAUGGUGGAGCCCUCCUCUGGCCAGUGGGUCUACUUUGGCACAGAAAUCACCAACAGCAGCGGCAGGAUUUCAUACAGCAUCCCCAAGGAGAAGAGGCUCGUGGUUGGAGUCUAUGCCGUCAAGUUGGUGGUCAGGGGAGACCAGAGCAGUGCGGCCAGCUACCUGACGGUGCUGCCCCGUGGGAUGGAGACCGUGGUCUUCAGCAUCGAUGGCUCCUUUGCCGCCAGCGUCUCCAUCAUGGGCAGUGAUCCCAAAGUCCGGGCUGGAGCUGUCGAUGUCGUCAGGCACUGGCAGGAUCUGGGGUACCUGAUCAUCUACAUCACAGGGCGCCCAGACAUGCAGAAGCAGCGCGUCGUCUCGUGGCUCUCCCAGCACAACUUCCCCCAAGGCAUGAUCUUCUUCUCGGACGGGCUCGUCCACGACCCCUUGAGGCAGAAGACCAUUUUCCUCCGGAACCUCAUGCGGGAGUGCCAUAUCAAGAUCUGUGCUGCAUACGGCUCCAUGAAGGACAUCUCUGUGUACAGUGUCCUGGGCCUCUCCCCGACACAGAUAUACAUUGUCGGACGACCAGCAAAGAAAUACCAGGCUCAGUGCCAGUUCCUCAGCGAGGGCUAUGCCGCGCACUUGGCCUCGCUGGAGUCCAGCUUGCACUCGCGGCCAAAGAAGAACAACUCCCGCAUGAUCCUGCGGAAAGGCAGUUUUGGCCUGCACUCCCAGCCUGACUUCCUGCGCAAGCGCAACCACCUCCGGAGGACGAUGUCCGUGCAGCAGUCCGACCCACCCACCAUCGCCCCCAAGCCAGAGCGGGCCCAGAGCCAGCCCGAAUCGGACAAGGACCACGACCGGCACCCACUCCCCUUCGCCUGGGUGCGAGGGGGGGUCCAUAAGUUCGAGUCCAUCCCCUAGCAGGCUUGCUAAGUGGUUUGCUCAUCCCCGAGUGGGGCACCACUGCCCUUUGAGGCUCGUCGGGCAGCCUUGGGCUCCAGGGCAACGGCAGCAAGGCCAGGGCUGCUGCACCCCUUGCGGGGCCUGUCUUCUGGGGCGAACUCCCCGUUUGUUCCCCUCGUUUGUAUCCACUUGUGAGACUCUGAGAGCAGCGCGAACGAAGCGUACCGGUGGUGGCCACCGGAGGGCGCAGGGCUGGGCAGCCAAAGGUGCUUGUCUCUCAAUGCUUGCUCUGCUUUUGAAUGGUGCACUGAGCCGGAGAGAGAAGACAGGGCGAGGGACACACCAGCUGUCCCCCCUCCUUCCUCGAAGGAAGAGGCCAGGCUCCUGCCGCCGCAGUGCAGGGGUGGUGUCUGCCGUGCUCGGGAGAGACGUUCAGGCAGGAACGAAGCGGAAGCCCAGCAGGUGGGCAGAGAAGGCACCUUUUGGGCCCUUCGCCCCGAGACCCUUUCGCUGGACCUCUGUGCCAGAGGCUCUCACCGGGGAAGCCCUUGCCCGUUGGCGUUUGUGCGAGGCACACCAGCAGAGACAGGGACUAAAUGGCAAGUCGCUGGAGAAAGAGAACGGGGCUCUCUUGGGAAGGGAGCAGAAGGAGAAGCCUUUGUAAAGGGCAGAGGGUGGAUUUAAGGUGCCUCUGCCAUCUUCAAGCUGAUGGACGGCUGCAUUUUUUGCUCUUGUUCCUGUGGAAAAGCAAACCAUGGUGGAGCAAGCUGUUGGAUAAACCAUGUCGUGACAUGUGCCCCUGUGCAUCUCCCCUGCUGUCCUGCGGAGA